CACAUUCCACUCACUCCUCAUCCUCAUUCUCUUUUUCGCAUUCCUCUUCGCUCCUCGACAGCUCGGCCCCUCGUCCUGGCCUGCUCGACUAUCAAUUGCUACUGUAGAUCCAAAAAUAUAAAUUGUCUCGCCACCACUUCGCCCAAUUUUGUCUGGCACCCUUUUCUUCAGUAUGAACACCAGUAACGACGUCGGUACCCAUGCCAACAACAACAACAACAGCAACAACAACAGCAACAACAUCCAGCUUCAGGGCAGGCAGCCUUCCUCAACAACACCAGACAACGGCAACAAGACUCAGCAGCAACUCGACGAUGAGGCUGCAGCCGAAGCAAAGAAGAAGCGAGCUGGCCCUAAACGACGCAAGGUCACCCAUGCAUGUGUUUACUGCCGACGGUCACAUAUGACAUGCGACGAUGGCAGACCGUGCCAACGAUGUAUCAAACGAAAUAUCGGACAUCUAUGUCACGAUGAACCGAAACCAUCGCAGUUGGCAGCAGUACAAAACCAAGCUUCCAACGGGAACGCGGACGAUGCCAAAAGGAUGCAGCAGCAACAGCCAUUACAGAACCAUAUAGCACAACCGGGUCAAGUACAUCAGCAGCAACAGCAGCAGCAACAACAACAACAACAACAGAAUAUUCAGCAGAGUAACAUGAGCGGCAUACAGAUGUAUGGAGGAUUCAACAACCCAUUGGCUACCCUGCCCGUCACGCCCUUGACCUUUGCGAGUGAACAUAUGGGAAACGAGUUCACCGUGAUCAGUGAUUUUUUAAACAGUCUGGAAGGCGAUCCCCAGGCCUUGUUCUCCGAUCAAGGGAUGCCCGUCAACACGACCGAAAAGUUCUUCUUGACCGCGGCCAAUCCAAGCGACGGCACGAACGAGGAUCGGCUGACGCAGGUGAUCAAUGCCAAAUUCGAGGCCGGGUUCCUGAAACCGUAUAACUACGUCAAUGGAUAUUCACGUCUGCAGAAGUAUAUGGACAGCAACAUGUCAAAUAUCAGCCGGCAGAGGAUAUUGAAUGUCAUGGGCACAUUCCGACCGGCGUUUAGGAGCGUGGCUCAGUCCUUGACAGAUAUCGAUUUGGUUCUCGUCGAAGAAGCCUUUGAGCGUCUCUUGCUUGAUUACGAUCGCGUGUUCAGUUCCAUGGGGAUACCUGCAUGUCUCUGGCGCCGAACUGGCGAGAUCUACAAGGGCAACAAAGAAUUUGCCGCACUCGUCAACGUGCCCCUGGAGAUGCUUCGCGAAGGCCGCCUCUGUAUAUACGAACUCAUGGCCGAAGAGUCUGCAGUGAACUACUGGGAGAAAUACGGAAACAUUGCGUUCGAUGCAGGUCAAAAGGCCGUGCUGACUUCAUGUCUGCUCAAGAACCCCGACCCCGAGAGCCAGAACGUCAUCUCCUGCUGCUUUUCCUUCACAAUCCGACGCGACAAGUAUAAUAUCCCAACCGUCAUCGUAGGGAAUUUCCUACCCGUUUCCUUGGGAUGAUCGAUCGACACCCGAAAAUAGACAAUACAAAAACCCAAUGUAGCUUUUUUUUUAUUGCCAC